AGACUCUUUGGUGCUGCGCGCUUGUUAUUCUUUGCUGCAUGUGGAACUGUGCCGAGUCAUCAGAUCCAUCCUUCGGCCUCCACCAGGCAAAAUACAGCGACGCCUUCCUCCUCGCAAGGUCUACCCGAAGCCGUGUCCAGCAGCUGCUGAAUAAAUAUAAGGAGCAGCAGUUAGGAAACAAGCACUUUGAGGACAGAGGUGGGUAUUUAGAGGAGCUACCUGUGCUUUCUAUAGACUUCAACAGCUGGCUACAGCUUACGGAUUGGGAACGACUACAUGCCGCUCUGUCAGACAUCCAAACCUACAGGAAUAUGCUGGAGUGGAAGAGGAAAAGUCUGGAAACGAAUGACAAAGAUAAAGGGGUCCACAGCACUUUAUGUGAGAGCAUCAAACACAUUGAGCUGGACUUAAGGGACCUGAUGAGACAAAUCAGCAGUCAGAUGAGCCACAUUAAGGGCAGGAAAGUCACUUUUCCCACCUCUCGGUCGCCUUCGAGCCACGCCUCUAAAACUAUGUGGGAAAGCCGAGUGGAAGGUUACAUCAUUCUACGGGAUUUUGACCGUUACCUCACAAGGCUGGCCCGUGACUUCCUCAUUCUGGCUUUUAAAAAAUAG